AUGGAAGCCUCCCCGCUGGUGUCGCUGCUGCGGUGCUGGCUACGCGGCGGGCUGCACGAAGGCAGCCCAUACCCGCAGCCCACGCCGCGGUCCAGGGUGGUGCUUUUGCACCCGGUCCGCUACGCCGCCGGCCGCGUGGAGCUGCUGCCGUGGCUGCAGCUCAGCGCGCGCCUGGCCAACGGCCCCCUGGUGCGUCGCGAGGCGGCGACCGCCGCGGCGGCGACGGAGGCGUCAGCGCUUCGGAGCCCAACAGGCCCGACGUCCACCUCAAGCCUGUCUCCACCGGCCGAGCCCAUGGCAGUGCCGGAGGCGGAUGCCUCGCCGCUGACCUGGUGGGCCAAGCUGCUUUGCGAGGCGAGGCAGCCGCCGGCUCCGUCGGGCCAUGAUGAGGGGCGAUUGGACAUAUCCCACUCAUCGCUCUCGAGGUCUCAGAAGAAGCUGCAAGCCACCGAGGCGGCUCUUCCUGCCGCGCCGCAUCUAAUGGAGGAAGCUGGAAAGCCAAAGACAGCUGUCCAGAUCGAUGUCCAGGCAAAGGAGAUGAAAACACCGGCGAAAGACGCAUUCAGCGCCUGUGUGUGCGGCGAGGUCUGCUCGCAGCGCGCCAACUUCUGCCAGAACUGCGGCUUGCCCAUCCGCCGGCCCGGUGGAGUCGGCCCAGGGCCAGGUCUUGAGAUGCGCAGCCUCUCGCCCUGCCGUGCGACCUUCGGUCCGAUGACAUCGCCCGUGCCCAGAGGUCGCAUGCUGUACCUGCCGGUCACCCCAAGCCGUUCGCCGCUGCCCGGCAUGCCCGGCGUGCCCGGCAUGCCCGGCGGGCCUCUGCCGCAGGGCGCGCCUCUGCCGCGCGGGGCGUCGCCGCAGCGGGCGGCGUCGCCGCUGAAUGCGCGCGCCGCGUCGCCAUUCCCAGGCAUGCCGGGUGUGCGCGAGUUUGCCGCACGGGCGGCGCCCGCGCCCAUACCCAUGCAGCACCCAAAGGCGGUGCAGUUUGAGCCCCUCACGGCCGCCGCCCCUUUCGGCGGCGCCGGCGCCAGGGCACCUCCUCCCGCGCAGUUCGCCAGAGGGACGGUCCAAAGGACGACCUGGUCGCCAGGGCCAGGACCCGCGCCCAGUCCCCACCUCCGGCCGCAAGCAGCGGGCCUGGGAAGGGCCACCUUUGGCGGUCCGAGCCGCGGUUUGCCGGGACCCGCGCCGACUUUUGCGCCGCAGCUUGCGCCGCAUAUGUCGCCGCCGGCGCAGGCUCUCUGGCGAUGA